GUAUUACUUUGUGGUUCAAAUAUCAUUAGACGGCGUUCCGAUUGACUCAGCUGUAUCCGUUGUUGUGGUUUCAUUUGAAUCUGGUCCACAUAUAAUGUUUUAUUGGCCAGAUGGAAAUUUCAACCCAAGUAUACCUACAAUCCCCGGAAGUAGUAUCAUGAUAGCCGCCACUGUCUCUUUUUUGACUACCAGUUGUUUAACUACUUGGACCACGUCGUCAGAUUCUGGAUACAGCUAUUUAACGUCAAAACAUUUGGGUGGAAAAAUUAAAGUCAUUAGAGAAUUUAUGCCAGGUCGAAAUGAAACAUUUUCGCGUGAUAUUCGCAUUGCGAUAACAUUGCCAAACAAAAUUAACCAAAAUACARAUUUCUUACUGAAACUUAAUGUCCAUUGUGCUUCUUUGAAACAUUCAAUGUUUGGGGUUGUACCAGUUUCAAUAGUUGCUCCRCCACGAACAUUCAAAUUAGAAGUAACACCAAAAGGAGGAAUUGGUAUUUUAACUAAGUUUAAAUUUUACACCGAUUCGGCAUAUGAUAGAAAAUCUAGUCACCCAAUCCGAUAUAGUUUUGGAUUUUAUCUACCAACAUUUUCAACCGUUCCAAUAUAUUUUUACACAUCAACUUUCAGGUUACAAACAGAAACAGUUCUCCCUUCAAUCAGUUUGGAUACAAUAUCAAAGAUWAAAACUAUUUUAAAAGUAUGCAAUGUUUACGAAAGUUGUAGUACGAUUGAAGGUCCAGAAAUAUCUGUCCAUCAUCCAACACAGAUUUCAGAUGAAGAAAUAACAUUCUUUAUACAAAAAUACAGCCGUAUGUUAAAAAAACAAAUGUUAACUGAAUCGGAAGCAUAUUUAUUCACUUACAUGACAACAAUAAAAACUUUCAAAACUGAAGUCUAUGAAAAAACUUCAAAUGAACUAUUUAACUUUAUUUCAACACAUAUUAACAACGACAUUGUAGAAAGCGUAUCCUACRGAAUAGAAUACAUUCCAUUUGGUCUGGCGCUUUUGGAUUCAAUUUCUCGUACUUUUUUUGUACUUCCAAAGUUUAAUAAUAUACAUGUUUCACAAUCGUUAGUAUUAUUACGAGAUCGGAUAUACGCAAGAUUAAUAGCCUACGAUGAUGCACUAACGUCAAAUGCCGUAAACAACAUGAGAUUCAUCUUAAAAAAUGUAAAUUCUAAUAUGCAUAAUAUUUACUCGCAAACAAAGAUAAACACUGAAGUGAUUAAAUCAUUUUUACAAGUCUCAGAAAUUGUUAUUUUAAACAAGGAAGAUGGACCUGAUGGUUUAAAUGAAAAGAAAAAAUUGCUUGAAAGUGUUGAAAAUUACGCUAAACAUGUUUGUUUGACAUUGAAUGAAGAACAAGAAAUAUAUGUGGGAUCAUUAGUUGGAAGUUUUAGCGUAGGACAAGUAAAAAGUGUCAGUUCGAUAGAACCAUAUAUGGAGAUACCUACCUGUAAUUCGGAUUUCCACAAAAAAUGCAUCAAGCAAAGAUCUAAAGUAUAA